GCGCUCACCACAUUGCUGUGCAGGCCCUGCGAGCUGCCUGACUCUGGAUUAUGUUCAGUUUUGUGCGACAAAAUGAAGAGAACGCUAGUAUUGGCUUCGGUGAUUUUGCACGUGGUGCUAUCGUUUGAUCUUCCGCAGGCUGAUCACACUGAGAGCACGAUCAGUGAAGAUUCAGUGAGAGGUCGACGUGAUGUCAUUGAAGAGGAAAAAUACUAUAACAUUCGAGCUGAAAGCAGAAGAGAUGUAAACCAACAACCUUGGUUGCCGGGGCCUUUACCGCCAGAAGACCCCACUACCAAGAUAUCCAUCACCAAUAAUUCGCCAGAACCAUUGUUCUACCAGACGACAGAAACCAUUACCGAUAAACCAACAGGACGAGGCGCAAGAGCAUCCAACGAGAACUGGGUAAAACUUCCAUUCCCAAACCAAAAUGAUGUACAGCGGGACGUCCUCACACCGCCCAAGCCAUCUGGUGACGUCAUCAGCUCUCGCAUGCCUCGAGUCAACUUUGUUACACAAAACAAAGCGUUAGAAGCUUCCGAAUCGAGAAAUGAUAAAGAGUCCAUUCAAAGAGCAACACGCACCGAUAAUUUAAGGACCGAGUUCGUCCGUCCGGACGAAGACAGCGCGCAGUACAAGCCGGUGUAUCCCAGGCAGGCCGUUUAUUACCCGGAAGACAACAGGCGGCCAUAUUACAAUGAUCGAUAUUACGCUUCUGACGAUUUAUACAGGCGAGACCCAUACUAUGAUUUAUACGAUAGAAAGCCGUAUUAUUCAGGCUACGGCCCGCGGGUCGAUAGAUACGAUGACACGUAUGACAAUUACAUACCGAGAAAACCUAAAAGGAUCAUUUACUACGCGCAUUUACCUGAAGUUGUUCGCACGCCGCCGAGCGUCGAUCUGAGAUACCGGUAUUCAGUGGACCCGUACCGACGUUUCGACGACGAUUACAGCACGAGAACCGGUCGAUACGACUACAGAUUUAGAAAUAGAUAUCCCUACGCUCCGUUGAGAAAGGACGAUCGGAGAUUUGGCUACAGGGAUUUAGCGGGCGCGGGUACUGCGACUAAAGAUAAAAAAGUUGACGAAAAAGUCACUCCUACUCCAGUUUUACCACAAAAGGAAGAUAAAUAUAAAGCGAACGCUAGCAUAAACGCAAAUAGAAAUAAUAUAAACAGUCACCAGUAUCAUGAUACCGGAGAUUCGUUUAAUGAUCAACUUUCUCACAAAGCCUUUAAGGAUUCCAUGAGGUCAGACAACAGCUACCUUAGAUUCGAGGACCCCUUAUUCCAUGGAGCAAGAGAGGAUUCGUAUCAGAGAAAAUAUUAACUACACAACAAUCACAUGGAAUAAAUCGGAUUAAUUUCAUUUUACAGUACUAAUCGUUGUCAAUUUAAGCCCAGUUAACAGCUGGCACUACAAGUAAUUUAUCCCAAAUAAAUGUAAUAAGGAA